AUGGCAGAGCCAAGCACAAGUGGUAUAGCGAUCAAGACGCGUGCAUUUUACGGUUGGUCUUCUUCUAAAACUGAAGCCCACAAGCCCCGGAAUAUUGUCAGCUAUAUGCCCACGGGGUACGACAGUGACCUCGGUGACUACAGCGAGCAAGGCCAGAAUGAGUACAUUCCGAAGAGCGCAAGCAAUCGUCUUGAGUGCGCUUCGAACAGCACCGACGAUUCAUCCGAGGACGAAAGCGAUGAUGCCAGGAGGUGCCCAAUGAAACAGUAUAUGCCAGGAAAACCAAACCCAUGGGGUAUCAAAUUGUGGGGGCGGGUAGGGUCUUCAGGCUUCCUUCACCAAUUUGAUGUUUAUCAAGGCCAAAUCAAAAGACAAAAUUUUGGGCUGGGUGGUGACGUGGCAAUAAAAAGGUGUGAACAUCUUCCGCACGAGAAAGGCUAUAAAGUAGCCGCCGACACAUUCUUCGCUUCUAUAGCUUUGGCGGCGGAAUUUUACAAGAAGGGUCUUGGAAUUGUGGGAACGCUGGGAAAUAACAGGCUUAAAGACUGCCGCCUCAAGACCGAAAGUGAUCUGAAGAGAUUGGGUCGUGGCGCCUUUGACUAUGCUGUGGACAACACGAGAAGUGUUGCGGUAAUAAAGCGGUUCGACAACAGAGCAGUAACACUGGUUUCCAACUAUGCAUCCACGGAGCCUGUCUGCACAGUUCGAGGAUGGGACAAAAAGGAAACAAUGUUUACUCAAGUAGAACAACCAGGAGUUGUCGCAACCUACUACUCCUUCAUGGGAGGAGUAGACCUGCUGAACUACCUGUCAGAACUUUAUAAAUUUCCUAUAAUAUCCCGAACAUGGUAUAUCUACUUGUUUUACCACACACUCAUGGUCGCUACUGUCAACGCAUGCCUUUUGUACACACGGAACUGCGCCCAACUGGAUGAGAGACACGUCAACCUGAGGCGAUUCCAAGCUGACGUCGCGUAG